GAGCCUCUCUCCCUCUCUCUUCCCCCCCAGUCCCCUCCUCGGAAGUAGACGUCUCUGUCUAUAUUCCGUUCUUUUAUUUUUAUAUAUUUUUUACUGCAACCCCUUUCCCCGACACUUAACACCAUGGAAGCCAAGAUGGACGACUAAACCGAAGAGCGGGUAACCGAUUUCACCCCCUUUAUUCAUCCUGGAAUCGAGUGGACCGGAUGAAAUCCAACUCUGGUUUUCUCCGCUUCGCAGGGGAGGUAGCUGUAUCCAGUGGGGAGGUAGGCUCAACCAGGGGAGGAAAGAAUGAAGUUCACUGAACCCUGGGGACGUCAGAGGCUGUCUUUUCUCCUGGAGAAGGCAGCCUCUAGGGAAGCCAAGAUGUGGAAGGUCUACGUGCCAAAGAAGCCCUCCUCACAGGAUACAGACAUCUCCCCGGCCCAGCGAGACGAAGCCGUGCGCUGGUUGACGGAGCUCCACGGCCGACUGCAGCUGUACCCAGAGACCCUGGUGUUAGCUGUCAGCAUCCUGGACCGCUUCCUCGCUCCCAUCAAGGCCCGUCCAAAGUACCUGCGCUGCAUCGCCAUCGCCUGCUUCUUCCUGGCUGCCAAGACGUGUGAGGAGGACGAGUGUGUGCCGUCUCUGAAGGAGCUCGCUGCCUCCAGCAGCUGUGGCUGUUCUCCGUCAGAGAUCCUGAGGAUGGAGAGGAUCGUCCUGGACAAGCUGAACUGGGACCUGCACACCGCCACAGCACUGGACUUCCUGCACAUCUUCCAUGCGAUGGUGUUGUCGUGUCGCUCUGGGUUUCUGGACUCCAUGUUGGGACUGAACCGCUCUCAGCACCUCGCCCUGCUCACACAGCGACUCUACCACUGUCUGGCCGACCACACGCUCAUUCAGCUCAGAGGAUCCAUGCUGGCCUUGGCCCUCAUCACCCUGGAGCUGGAGACCUGCUGUCCCGACUGGCUGGCUCUCACCAUUGACCUGCUGAGGAGGGCACAGAUCGACAGCUCUGAGUUGAUCAGGAGUCGAGAGCUGGUGGCUCGUAGUCUGUCCACACCGAGAGCUUCCCUGCCUCCAAACACUGUCUACAUCUACCAACCCCUGCAGAGCCAAACCAUGCUGCAACACCCAGCCCAGGACCCGACACACCCCUGCUGCACACUGGGGACCAUCACCUCCACUGCCGGGUCUUCCAGGGACCACGCCCUCGUCGCCCCUCCGGUAGGGGAGGAGGGUCCGCAGCCUUGGAGCUCCAUCUCCUCCGCUGACAGCAGCAUCCCGGCUCUGCUCUCCCCACCCAAAAACCUCCACCAUCGUAACCACCUGCAGAAGGUCAUGCUGCGCUGCAAGGCCUCUGCCAAGCGCAAGGUGGAGGAGAUGGAGGUGGACGACUUCUAUGACGGCAUCAAACGCCUCUACAACGAAGAUGUCACCACCAUCGCCGUCCAGGAGGGGGCAGCACCUGCGACGGGGGCUAUAACAACAACAGGUGGAGGAGGAGGUCUGAACACCUGCAGUGUCCUGUUGUCCCGACAGGAAGGCAGCACUUCCCCCUGCCCGCCUCUGCAGCCAGUCAGUGCCUCCUAGAGACCAAACAGGAAGCUGUUAACCAAAACCACCUCAACGCCGACAUUAUUUAAACUCCUCCUGUCAAAGUAUUCAAACUUUAUUCAGUAUUUCUGAUCAGACAGUGACAUUCAGGCGGUUUUUUUGUGGUGUUAGCGAUGGGCGACUCCCUCAGCAAUAGGCAACGAAGUCAGAGAAAGUUUAAAGUUUUGUUCAGUGUUUCACAUUUGCAUUAAAAGCAAUAUAGAGGCAGCUCCUCGGGGGAUGUUUCCCAUCAGAGUUUGCAGAAAACCCGUCUUUAUGUCGCUGCUUUUAAUGAAACAUACAUGAAAAAGGAAAAUAUUGAUGUUAAAAUACUAAUAAAGAUGAUUUCAGGCGUUCAGGUGGUUUUGGUUUUCGGUGCAAACGACCCCAGCGUGACCCAUCGAGCUGUUCAGCGGCCCUGACCUCAGUUCCCAUCAUCCCCUGCAGCGGGAAAACAGAGCCCAAAAAAAUGUUAAAAAAUAAAAAACCUACUGCUGCUGCUACUAUUACUACUAUCUGAUUAAUGAUAUUUGUUGAACACAAAUAACAAAAGGUUUAAAAAAAUAAUAAAUAGAAAAAGUUACCUUCAAAAAAACCCUAGAAUUGACUUCUCUAUCCCCUGAUGUCUCACUCUCUGUCCUGUUUGUCAACUUAUAUUUGUUGUUCAUGUUUUUUUCUUUUACAUAUUUAUGUUUUUUUCUGUCGUCUUCUUCCCUCUUCCCUUCCUCACUCUGCAUGUAUUUAUAACUUCUUCAUAAAGAGUCUAAAUCAAAUGCGUGAAUGUUACUGUAUAGACGAUUAUCUGUAGUACUCGCCCAGAUAGAAACGUUUUUUUUGUUUUUCUGUUUUUUUUUAGUGAAGUGCAAUUUGAUCGUUAACAAGAUCCUUCCUAUGAAUUCCUUUGUUUUGUUUCCCUUCCCUCUCAGCUUGUUGUGACAGCUUGACUGAAUGAAAGUUACUCAGGUUGUUUUAUUCGUCCACUAACAUUUAAAAAAACAAAACAUCUCUGAUGCUUAAAUCUGGUUUAAAUGAUCAUUGAGUUUGAUUUUGGAGCUGAAGAUAUUACUAAAGCAGCUCUCAGUGAGUGGAGCUAACCACAGUCUAUUUCUGUAAACCCCCCCAUCUGGCACUGCUAAGAGUUUAAAACAAAUGCUCUCAAAAAACUUGUCUUGUCUGGUCUUUAAACCUGACUUAUUUAAUCCAGGUUUAAACAAUCCUGUUAAUUCUAAUUAAGCCACCUUGGUCUGUUGAACACGGCGACAUGAAGAGAUCUUAAUGGUUUCUAAAAUUCUCAGUCAUAAGGACUUGUUGCUGUGGCAACAGCUCCAGUUAGGUUCAGAGAAAUCCAGGCUUUAGUUAACCCAACUUCCUCGUUUUACACAUAGAACAGGGCCCUGGUAAAAGUAAGACACACAUGUGGUUCCUGUUCAGACAUGAUCAAAGUUCUGCUCAAUGCGUUCACAUGUGAUGAAACAACCUUGAGUUAUUUAAAGGCAUUUCAAUAUUUAGAUAAGAGACAGAAAUAUGUUUUUUUUUAAGUUGGUGUCUGAGCUGAACUGACUCGGAAAAAAGAAUACGAGUGACAAUCUUCACUUUGACGUUAAAAUGAAAAGAGAAAAAAAAAAGCUAAAACAACAUGCUCUGUUUUUAUCUUUUGAAGUUCUGUUUAAUAUAUUUUUAUUCCUGCAAAAAGCUCUGUUGUUCCUGCUGUGGCGGCUGCUGGUAGCUGCUGCAGGUCCCUGAACGCACCGCGGCACCAAUAAAUAAAGAGAUAAGAGAAUGAAAACUGA